AUGUGGGUCGCGAUGUUUUUUUUCUUGAGUGCCGAGUGGCAUGGGGAUCACGCGUGCUUCGUUCGUCGGAGCAACAUGACUGAGGACCCGCCAUAUUGGUCGAGGGGGAGGAGAAGAAGGAGGGGCAGCAUCCGUCCGCGGCGCUUGGCGAGCCGCCUCAGCUCGCUGCGCUGCCCUCCUUGCUCGUCCGGUGAAGUUGCUCGCCCUCGCCGCGCCUGUGGCUCCGCAGGCGAGGCAGGCGACCGCGGCCAGCUCCCCAGUCCUGGCCGCGUCGCGCACGGGCCGCGCCAGCCCGAGGUGGUGUGCGGCCUUCUGUUCGGUCCAUCGGCACCUGGAGCACCUGCGCUGGCCCUCGGCGCCCCUGAGCUCGCGCUCCAGCUUCGCCACCGCGGGCGCCAGAGCCUUCUUGGGGGCCGGCUUGUGCGGCUUGACUUCGCGAGGAGCUGA